GUUCCGAUGGGUAGAUUGUCUCCUAGGGAUUCUGGAAGAUUGUCUGACGCCAGAAUCUAUGAGAGAUGCCUUGAAGGAACUCCCCAAAGACUUAGAUUCUGUCUACGCAAGGACCCUCGAUCUCAUUCCUGAGAAGCAGAAGGAAUUAAUUCAGCGGGCGAUGCAUUGGCUUGCAUUUUCGGCAGAACCAUUGACUUUAGGCCAGCUUGCGGAGGCUGUUGUGAUAAAAUACGAUGUCAACGAGUAUGGCGAUGAUUUCGGAGCUAUUCUUGACAUGAACUGCCUCAUGGACGCUUGCCCAAGCCUUAUCUCCUUCGAAGAUGCCAGAGGCCACAAAUCAUCUCCCCAGGAAAACCGCCGAUUACGGCUAGCACAUUUCUCGGUAAAGGAAUAUUUGAUCUCCGACCGGGUAGCUCAGGGCCCCAGUGCCUUCUAUCAUAUUUCGGAGGAUGAAGCCAAUUUACUGAUGGGGCAUGCCUGUCUCAGUCGAAUACUGCGACAUAGUGCACAAGGCGCCAUAUGUGGAAACGAAGUCGAAAGAACACCGUUCCUCUACCAUAGUGCUCGCUAUUGGUUCGUGCAUAUUCGAUCUAUUGAGGUCACGGCGCCGGCUCCACUCUCCAAAGCUGCGUUGAAGGUCCUCGAGCUUGGGCAAGGAUGGCUAGAUAUUUAUAACCCCGAUAGUCUCCACCGGUCUCUACUGGAUCCUGGAGUUUACCCACCAGCAAUCUACUAUUCCUCCUUGUUAAGUCUG